AUGGCGAACGACUUGGAGACGCAGCACGCCCAGCCGGCGCAUGAUGACAAGCAGGCGACAGAGGUCUCCGGCGCUGAGCAGCCCCCGGCGGCGGCCGGACAUAAGGCCAAAGGCUUUCUCCGCACGGUGUUGACGGCCGGGCGGGUCGAGGAGGGCGGCAUCGAGCCGAUUCCGAUAGAGGCCCGGACCGCGACGAAGUACUUUAAUGCCUUUACGAUUUGGUGCUCGAUCAAUACCAACAUCCUGGCAAUCACGUUCGGUAUGCUGGGCCCGGUGUCUUUCGGCCUCAGCCUCCGAGAUUCGGCGCUCGUCAUUCUCUUCUUCAACUUGCUCUCGACCCUCGCACCGGCGUACCUGUCGACUUUGGGCCCGAAGACUGGUAUGCGCCAGAUGAUCCAGGCUCGAUUCAGCUUUGGUUACUAUCUUGUGUCUGUCCCUGUCAUUCUCAACCUGGCUACUCUCACGGGUUUCUGUGUAAUCAUCUGCGUCAUCGGAGGCCAAUGCCUCUCUGCCGUGUCCGAGGGCGACCUGUCGACCGCCGUUGGCAUCGUUCUCAUCGGCGUUGCCGCCCUGUUGAUCUCUUUCUGCGGCUUCAACGUGCUGCACUUCUAUGAGGGCUACGCGUGGAUGCCGGCUCUGGUCGCCAUCAUCAUCGCUGUGGGCUGCGGUGGAAACCAGCUCAAGGCCCAGGCGACCCCGGAGCCCGCGACUGCGGCUGGGGUUCUCAGCUUUGGUGGUGUCAUUGCAUCAUACAUGAUCCCGUGGGCUUGUAUCGCAUCAGACUUGACGACGUACUUCGACCCCACGCCACGCCUCUCAUCCCACCGCAUCUUCGCCUACAGCUUCCUCGGCCUCGUCGUGCCCACCAUCCUCCUCAUGACCCUGGGCGCGGCCAUCGGCGGCGCCAUGGGCAACAUCCCCGCCUGGCAGACCGGCUUCGACAACACCCUCGUCGGCGGCGUCCUCGGCGCCAUGCUCGCGCCCGCCGGCGGUUUCGGCAAGUUCAUCCUCGUCGUGCUCGCCUUCACCCUGCUCGCCAACAUCUCCGGCACCAUGUACGCCAUCACCCUCAACUUCCAGACCCUCAUCCCGGCCUUCCGCAUCCCGCGCUACAUCUUCUCCAUCAUCGUCACCGCCAUCAUCAUCCCCAUCGCUAUCAAGGCCGCCGGCGACUUCUUCCUGAGUCUGGAGAACUUCAUCGCGCUCAUCGGGUACUGGUCCGCCUCGUUCGUGGGCAUUGUUGUUGCGGAGCACUUUGUGUUCAGGAAGGCUAACGCGAAGGCGUAUGAUGCGGAUGUUUGGGACGUGCCGGGGAGGUUGCCCUGGGGCGCGGCGGCGAUUUCGUCGGCGGUGCUGAGCUUUGGGUUGGUCGUGCCGUGUAUCUCGCAGGUCUGGUUUACGGGACCUAUUGCGGCGACGACGGGCGAUAUUGGGUUCGAGGUUGCUUUUUUCCUGAGUGCGCUGCUGUACGUGCCGUUGCGGUAUGCUGAGAGGCGGUUUACCGGACGAUGA